AUGGAUUCAAACAAUGGGUAUGGCCACCACAAUGGUCAAAAUGGGUCAAACGGCGCGUUUUCUUUCAGAGAAUCUCGUCAAAUGAGGCCACGGCCAUUCACUGUCGACGAAGCUCUCCCUUUUUCGCCUUUUUCCUCUGUUGUUCCCUUCAAUUCUGAUAUUAUUCCCUUACCUACCAUAGGACUUGGUUCUUCCUCCUCCUUAUUUCCCAACGCAGCAGAACGUCAACAGGGCAGAGAAAGUCUCGAAAGUUUGAACGCAGAUGCGACAAAUUCUUAUCAAACCUCACAGCGUCUACAAAGAACUUUGCAAGACCUGGAAAAACUGCUAAAGCCAGGAGAUCAUACAGAAUACAACUUCAAGAUCGGGCCAAAGGUCACAUCACGCCCCGAUCCUGCCCCGUUGAGACCAAAUCUUUCGCCGUUUGCGCAAAUGCUAUACGACUCAACAAAGGUGGAAUAUAACACUGCGGAACGUCCAGAAGCACCGACUAUGAGGCACAAAAUACAGAAGCAGAGGACUAAGUCGCAAACGAAGUCAAGAACUCCGAGCAGCAGCUAUGUGAAUACAAAUUUGCAGUUUCAUACUGUGAAUGCGAAUGUGAAUGCGAACGCUACCAUAUUUCCAGAAGCUCUUAAUGCAAAGCCUGCUGUCGAGUAUGCGAAUAUCACACCUAGACCAAAGACACAAAUUGCGGUCGAAAUUCCUUUGCCAAAGGCACCCACAGCUGCUCACAGACGAAGCCCAGUUCCUGCACCAAAUUCACAUGUCACAAAGAUCAGUCCUCCACCAUCGCAUACUCAACCUCUGAUUCCUCCUCCCAUACGAGCUGCACCGGUCGCUAUUCAAAGUAGUCAGCAGAUCCAAAAUCUUCCACCUUCCUCGUCACAACUGAGCAUAUCAGUCGUUAUCCCUCAAUCCCAAAUACACCCAGAAGAGUACAAAGUUGUGGAAGCUCUUCCGGAUUCGCCAGAAAGUCAUGCCAGAAAACGAAAACGAGCAGGUUCUGAUGAAUAUGAAGGAAAUGUAUCUGGGGUAAUUGAUCAAAGAGAGAAGGCCGAAAUUGCCGCGCGAAAUUUACGAGAAUAUCUCCAAGACAUUUUUGAUGCCGAAAAUCAAUUUCAACCAGAUAGUGACAUUUCUAGCAAUUUCUUUAUAUCAACCAAUGAGGGAAUCGGUCUCGCGGCUAAUCCUCAAAUGAGACUCGAGGGCUUCCUGAAUAGAAUUAUUGAGGUUGGCCGAUUCAAACAGGUUCCGUCGGAAGAUCUAAUUCGCAUACAAAAAUUGUCUGAAGCUGCUUUGAAGGAGACUGAAACGCUCGACUUGAAGAUUGACGAAGAAAUGAGCGAAUCGGAUCUUGAAACAUUAUUUCUACAGAUCGCCAAUGCAGAACUUGGACUCAGAUCUGCCCGCACCUCACUCAAAAUUAUGACCGGUGGGCGUGACGAAAAGCAACUGUACUCGGAAGAUCUCAUUCAAUCCGCACUUAAUGCCUUCAAGAAUAUCAUGGAGGCUUUCAUGAUUCCGAUUGUGGAGCUGCGUAGUACGGGAUCGACUUCAACAUUGUUCAAGCUAUUAUCUGCUCACAAGAAAGUUAUUAUUAAUCUGCUGGCCCAAUGUCGACGCCUUUUAUCACUCAUGGCAGUUCUGGUUGCUAACAUAGAUCUCUCCGAGACUGUCAUCAACAGCCUUGAAUUUGCAGCUUCAAAAUUGAUAUUUGUCGAGAAUGCUCACGCUGAAAAGGACUCAAUACUUGGUAUCUCCAAAUUCGAUAAUCUACGUGUAGUGGCAAUGGACGUACUUGCGCAAGUGUUUAACAACAACCCAAAAGAAAGAGCCGAGAUUUUCAAUGAGAUUCUGACGUCGUUGGAGAAGCUUCCUGUGUCUAAACAAAGUGCUCGUCAAUUUAAAUUGGCCGACGGUGGGAGCAUUCAACUUGUCUCGGCACUAAUCAUGAAGUUGAUUCAAACAAGCGCCAGCAAGACGGACGAUGCGAAAGAAAAACGAAGACUGAAGGCUCAGGGCGCUGUUAACGGGGAUGACGAGAGCCAAGAGGAUGGAAGUAACGGUGCCGAUAGUCGUCGGCGAUACGAUACCGAAAGGCGUGCAAUCGAACAGAAUGUCACAGCAAUUCAAGAACUCAAGGACUGCGGGGCCUCAUUACUCGAAAGCGCGACACAAAACACAGGAUAUGUGGUUAACUUCAUUGUCAGUAGAGCGAUCAAAUCUACGAAAAAUGGCGAUACACCAUAUCGGAAUCUCCUGGAUCUCUUUGUCGAGGACUUCAUUACAUGUUUGAAUUCCACUGACUGGCCUGCCGCCGAGUUACUUUUACGCCUCUUCUUGUUCAAAAUGGUUCAACUCGCUGAAGCAGACAAAACCCCUGCUCCUGCCAAGAACAUGGCUCUCGAUUUACUGGGAUCGAUGGGCGCAGCAAUUUCGGAACUGCACUCUCAUGUUCGAAAGACUGCUGCUUCACUUGAGAAUCGAGAUGGCCGCAUGGGACAAGCUCUUUCAAGGAUGGUUGAGGAAUCGCUAAAGAACGAAGCAAGUGAUCACGAGAUUUUGGCAUGGGGUGGGCCUUACUAUAUGUGUCUAGAUUUCAUGGAAGACCGUUGCUUUACCGAUCCUCAACUAGCAAGCAGCAUUUCUCUUCUGAUUGUCGAAUGGGCCUCAAAGUUGUCGAUUGCAUAUGACGAGAUCCGUGAUGACGAACCUGAUAAUGAACGCAUUGAGGAGAAAUAUGGCAAAGUGGCAUACCGAUUGAGGAUGAUGAUCGCCGAUAAGAGAUGGUUUUCUACAGAGCAUGGUUACGGCUCAGUUGACCCUAGCCACGCCCGUUUGGCCUACUCUUUGACGUUAUUGCAUUCGACUUUUUGCAAAUCCUUCGGUCGUGUGCUUGAUAUCUUGCUUCGAUCAAUGUUUAGUGAACAAGCUACCGUCAGAAGUAAGAGUUUAAAAAGUGUUAAUCAGGUUCUGGAAACUGAUCCAACCAUUCUUGACCGAGAGCCUACCGCUAAGCAAAUGAUCUUGAGAUGCUCAAACGAUCCUUCGGUUGGCGUGAGAGAUUCGGCCUUGGGUCUCAUUGGAAAAUGUAUCUCAUUGAGACCAGCUCUCGAGAUGGAGAUGACACCCAGUAUUCUCCACCGUAUCAACGAUAGUGGAGUUGGUGUUCGAAAGCGAGCUAUGAAACUUUUGAAAGACAUCUACCUGAACAACACCAACAAGGAUGUUCGGGCUUCGAUCGCUGAUGCCAUCUUACACAGAGUCACUGAUCUUGAUGAUGGUGUCCAGGAAUUGGCGCGGUCGACAAUCGAGGAAGUCUGGAUGUUGCCUUUUUACAAAUUAACGGGAUCAGAAGAUACAUCAGUCCAAGCAAAACUUGCUAUUUCAGACCACGUUACCUUGAUCAUCAAGACAGCUCAACGACAGAACGGGACCUCGAGUGUUUUGGACAAAGUGCUCCAGAACCUGCUUUCACCAAAAUCGAAAUAUCCCGACGCCAAUUGUAAGGUCUGUAAGGCGCUUGUUGCGGCUAUGUUCGAAACCAUCAUUGAUAAUCCAGCUUCCGAGGGCUCCGAUGCACCAAAUGCUCGGGAUGCUUUGGAAGUGCUCACCAUAUUUGCCAAGUCCAAUCCGAAUCUAUUCACCGCCGAUCAGAUUCAAUUAUUGCAGCCAUAUGUUUCAAAUGUUGGCAGUAGUGACGAGGCAGCCGUUUAUCGUUCAGUUGUUGUCAUAUUCCGCUAUGUUCUUCCUAGUUUACCCAAAGUUCAACAUGGUUUUCUCACCACGAUUAGAAAGGAUCUCUUGCCAACUAUGACACGCAGUCCCAAAUCUAUCUUGGACGAUAUCGUUGCGUGUUUAUGGAUCAUCAGUAGUGUUCUUGAAGAUUUUCAUAACUUGACGAGAGUGGUGUUGUCUAGUUUGGCUGGUAUUCAGAAGUUGAAAAACAUUGACUUGAAUGAUCCGAAGCGAGCUGACUUGGUAAAGAAAUUGACAAAGCUUCUACUUAUCUGCGGUAUGUGUGGCAAGCAUUGUGAUCUUGAUCCUCAGCAUCAGGUUUUCAAAGAGAAGGAAUUCCCGAACAUGAAAGGUACUUCGGUUUCGAAAUUGAUGGUCGAUACAUUUGCUCCUUUUGCAACACCAUCUCAACCCAUGGAAGUUAGGAAGCAUGCCCUUGAUGCAAUGGGUAUGGUUUGUCAAUCUUGGCCAAAGAACUUUUCUGCUGUCAAUGUUUAUACCUCCUUUAUCCAAGCAUUCAGUGAUCAGGAUUUGGAACUCGAGACAAUCGUCAUGAGAGCCUUCAAAGAAUAUCUUUCGAUUGAAGAAAAGCGAUCUGAGGAAAGUGGCGAUGGCGCUGUUGGCACCGGUACAGAUUCCAAAGCAAAAUUGGGCGUCAUGGGCGGCAGCCAAGGUGACGGUGUUGCUUUGGACAUUGUGCAGAGAUUCUUGAAGGACAUUGCCCGCAUUGCACUUGCUAGUCAAGACAAAGAAGCACUCCUUGCGGCUGAAGUUGUGGCUAGCAUCAACAGACAAGGUCUUGUUCAUCCCAAGGAGACUGCUUGUACUCUCAUCGCUCUUGAAACUUCACCUACAAGUAAGAUUGCCGAUAUUGCCUUCCGGGAGCAUAAGGCCCUUCACGAGAAGCAUGAAACUAUUCUUGAAAAGGAAUAUAUGCGAGCAGUACUCGCUGCAUACGCAUAUCAGAGAGAUGUCGUCAAGGAUACACAUGGAGCUACACUAAAUCCUUUCACUUCGAAGCUUUGGAUGAUGAUUGAAGUUCUGAAGAUCAGCAAAGUCAAAAACCGAAAGAAGUUGUUUGAUAGCUUAUGCUCUAGAAUUACUUUUGACCCCGCAAAACUCGACACUAUUGAGGAUCUGCCACAUCAUCUGGAUUUUGCACAGUUCAUCAUCGAGAAUUUAGCUUUCUUCGAAUACCAAACUGUCGAUGAACUAUUGUCUACUAUUAAUUCCAUGGAAAAAUUAGUGGCGGCUACGGGUACUGGUAUUGCUCAUGCAAUUGAGACAGAGAUUCUUCAUAUCAGUCUCGAUCAACCAGUAAAUGAAACCCACGCCAAUGGCCACGUUCAUCCCGAAAAACCAAAACGAGAUUUGAUGCGCCUACAGCAACUCACUGCAAUCUCAAUCAUGCUCACAAACUUAUGGGAGGCUCGAACAUAUCUUCGUCGACAAUUUGGAUUGAUGAACAGAGACGGAAAAGUCAAAGGCGCAACUAAAGAUCUCAACCGAGCUCCAGUAAAAGUCCCAAGCGUUACUGGAGAUAAAUUCUGGGGUGAGGUCUGUGGUAGGAUGAUUAGCUACGAGUCCGAGGAGAACAUGGAAGAGCAGUGUCGAGCAUUCGUGGAACUACUUAAUGUAGAUCACGAUUUCAAGGUCUCGGCGGAAAAUGACGAGGUCGAUGAGAGAGCGAGGAUGAGUACACCAAGUGACGAUGAAGAUGGCACACCAGGUCCUCCGGGUGGCAGUGGAAGAGGCCGCAAGAGAAAGGCGGUUACCAAUGGAGCUGCUGCGGGAAGCCGAAAGAAGAGAGCUAGAUCUAGUUCUGUUCCUAGGGGAAGAGGUAGACCGAAGGGAGCAAGUUCCGGUUCCGCUUCCGGGAAAAGAGCUUCGGUCGAGCGCAACGAUGAUGAUGGCGAAUGGGAAUAA